AUGGCGCUCGGUGCAAGGGUAGAAAGCGUUUGCUGUUCAGACAUCUGCCACUGUGGAGCAGCGCCGGGUCGGGCGGCGGCCGGCGGGCAGCCCGAGACGCGCUCCGUGUGCAGCAGCGAGAGCGGCAGCGGCAGCAACCCCGGCGGCGCCGGCCCCAUCUGCAAAAUCUGCUUCCAGGGCCGCGAGCAGGGUGAAUUGUUAAAUCCUUGCCGCUGUGAUGGGUCGGUACGGUACACACAUCAGCUUUGCCUGUUAAAGUGGAUAAGUGAAAGAGGGUCAUGGACCUGUGAACUCUGCUGUUACAGAUACCAUGUUAUAGCAAUUAAAAUGAAAAAGCCUUGCCAGUGGCAAAGCAUUACUAUAACACUGGUUGAGAAAGUGCAGAUGGUUGCUGUAAUCCUAGGAUCUCUGUUCUUAGUAGCAAGUGUGACUUGGCUUCUAUGGUCAGCCUUCAGCCCUUAUGCAGUAUGGCAAAGAAAGGACAUCCUUUUUCAAAUCUGCUAUGGAAUGUAUGGUUUUAUGGAUCUAGUGUGCAUAGGACUGAUAAUACACGAAGGUGCGUCUGUUUAUCGAGUGUUUAAGCGCUGGAGGGCUGUCAAUCUACACUGGGAUGUGUUAAACUAUGACAAAGCCACAGACAUAGAGGAGAGCAAUCGAGGGGAGUCCUCCGCAGGAAGGACACUGUGGUUACCGCUGACUGCCUUUAGAAACAGAAGUUUAGUUCAUCCAACACAGCUGACCUCACCACGAUUCCAGUGUGGCUACGUGUUGUUACAUCUGUUCAACCGCAUGAGACCUCAGGAAGACGCAUCAGAGGACAACAGCUCUGGGGAAGUGGUGAUGAGAGUAACCUCAGUGUAAAGCGUGUGCCCAGCUACGCACCUAAGGAUCAUAUGCCCUGGUGUUUAAGGACGUUGGAAUGUAGUUACAAUGAAUGGUGAAACCAUUAACACUUGAAUAUAUAUAUAUAAAUAUAUAUA